AUGUUCUUGACCACCAUCCGUCGCUCAGUAAGUGAAAAAUUCACAAUUUCCCCCGAUUUUUUUGAAUUUUAAAUGUCAAUUUUUGCAGAGCAACGUUCUCAAGUCGUUCAAGCCACUCUACGACCGAGUUCUCGUCGAGAGAGUCGCUGCCGAGACCAAGACCAAGGGAGGAAUCAUGCUGCCGGAGAAAUCACAGGGAAAGGUAGCAGUUUUUCUAGUUUUUAGUUGCAAAAAGGUUUUUUUUAGGUUCUUGAGGCCACCGUUGUCUCCGCCGGAUCUGGACUUCGCAACGAGAAGGGAGAGCUCGUGGCGCUCACCGUCAAGCCCGGAGAUCGCGUUCUUCUGCCAGAGUACGGAGGCACCAAGGUAGAAAAUUGCAUCAUUUUGCCCGUUUCCAUGCAAAAUUUGACUUUUACAGGUCGUCGUCGAGGAUAAGGAGUACUCGAUCUUCCGCGAGUCGGAUCUGCUCGGAGUCUUCCACUAA